AUGACCGUGUUGUUUUCCUGGUGCCUGGUGACUUCCACGCUGCUUGCAUCAACAUCCAUGGCCUUCCUGGUUGUUUCCCGCCGUCCAAGAAGAAUACCGACCUUCCAGAAGUAUUUCUCUCAACGGGGACAUGCCAGUAGUUCUACCAGAACCUUUACUACUACUGAUUCAGAUACGAUCAAUUGGAACGAUGACACCAACAACGACAAUAAUACUGACGCGUAUUGGUUGCGACAAAUACAAAAGCAAGGGGAAGCACGGAAGGAGUAUCAAUGGUUUCGACAAAUGUCAUCCUUGCCCUUUGAAUGUACCGGUUGUGGGAAAUGUUGCAAGACAAAGGGAAAUGUCUACAUGACUCCCGAAGAACACCAACAAGCCGCCGACUUGCUCGACAUGUCCAAGCAGGAAUUCAUUCAACACUAUGCCUCGCAUACUCUACUGGAAGAUUCCACCACCAACCCGGGAGAAGAAGAAGAAAGGAUGUGGAUUCGAUUACGAGAUCAUUCCACCACAACAACAACAACAACCACCAAUAAAGACCACCAGCAUGGCUGUAUAUUUCUGCAAGACGACAAUACGUGUCGCAUUUACGAUGCCAGACCCAUUCAAUGUUCCACGUAUCCGUUUUGGCCCAACAUUCUGGCCAGUCAACAGGCGUGGAAUGACGAAGUGAGACGGCCAGACGAUGAUAAUGAUGAUAAUCAUGACGACAAUCACCAAAAAAUACCACUCUGGACAAAAGAACAGGGCGGCUGUGAAGGCAUGAAGCUAGUCGUGACUGACGACGACGACGACGACGACAAAUUGGAUGAUGCAGAUGACCAAAGUAGUGUCAGUGUCCCCCGAGAACAAGUCUAUGAACAAGCCUUUUGGUAUGAGCACGAUGACAGGAGAUUCCCAAGAGGCAAGGAAAUACGCGUGAAACCAACUAGCUAG